CUGGCGGCGGUGGUACCACAUCCUCCCGGCGUCGCCCCGGACUCUGACCGGUGAUAAUCCCGUUAAUAUUAACCGGAUAAAAGGAGCAGCUGUCAGACUCUUCUGUCCGGCGCGGUCGCUUCUUCUUCUACUCCUUUAAAUCUUCCAGAAACUUCGUGUUUUUGGUGAAAUAAGAGAAAAGAUGAACGGGAGUUUGAAGCUAGCGGAAUACGACUUCGAGCGACGUUUCGACGAGAGACGAGCUCUGGAAUGGAUGCAGGAAAACUGGAGCAAGGGCUUCAUGUUCUGUGGCCUGUAUGCUGUGUUCGUGUUCGGCGGUCAGCACUUCAUGAGGGAGAGGCCGAAGCUGAACCUGCGACGCCCGCUGGUGCUGUGGUCACUCAGCCUCGCCAUCUUCAGUAUCAUAGGAGCUCUGAGGACAGGAUUGUACAUGGUUCACGUCAUCUCAAACAGCGGCUUCAGACAGUCUGUGUGUGACUCCAGCUUCUACAGCGCCCCCGUCACCAAAUUCUGGGCCUACGCCUUCGUUCUCAGCAAAGCCCCCGAGCUGGGUGACACAGUGUUCAUCAUCCUGAGGAAGCAGCGCCUCAUCUUCCUGCACUGGUACCACCACAUCACCGUGCUGCUCUACUCCUGGUACUCCUACAAGGACCAGGUGGCGGGCGGCGGCUGGUUCAUGACCAUGAACUACAUCGUCCACUCUCUCAUGUACACGUACUACGCGGCCCGGGCGGCCGGCCUGCGGGUACCCCGGGUCUGCGCCAUGAUCAUCACGGCCACGCAGAUCACGCAGAUGGCGGUGGGUCUGACCGUGCUGGGUCUGGUGUACCGCUGGAUGCACGAGGUCAACUGUCCGUCCAACAUGGACAACAUCACGUGGGGCUCGCUCAUGUACCUCAGCUACCUGGUCCUGUUCGCCUUGUUCUUCUACAACACGUACCUCAGAGGCUCCUCCGGGGGGAAAGGAUCCAAGGCAGAGUAGUAUGUUUGUGCCAACAGCGAGGGGCCGUGAGCGUGUGAGUCACAACUAAUUAACUGGCCCCUCCUCUUUUAUGACAUCAUCACUUGACUUUUUAUGGAAAUCUGAAGCUAAAAUCAGCGACUAAUACCUGGAUUUAGAGCGGCCAGUUUAAUAUGAUGUCAUCAUUACUACAGUAAGAAGGGCGUUAUAUUUGACUAACAAAGUUCUCACUUCUUGCCUUCGUUAUUUUCAACUUCUGACCAGCAACAAAAAAAGCCGUGCAAGGGCAAAAUAUGUCAGAAGUGGUAACCGAUUUUUGUGUACUUGUAAACUUUAAAGCUCUGAAAUAUGUUUUUAAAAAAAGGGAAUUUUACAAAAUGAAGGAAUAGUUCAACAUGUUGGUGAACGCAGGAGCUGCAGUCGAGACGCAUUUAGCAAAGCUGAGCAUGAAGUGGACGCUGUGGGGAAACCCGCACCAGUUUGUUACUAAACAUAAGAAAAAGUGCCUCAGAGGUUAGAGUGAGUUAAAAUAUGCAGGAAAUCAAGUAUCUCCUCUGAAAAUAACUCUGUGAGUCAUGACUGUCUACAAUGGGUGUAACACCCGAGUCCCACUGUCUGUGAUGUUUUCAGAGUUUUCAGAGUCCUAUCUUCAGUUUGUUUACAUCGCCCGGACGGCCGGCUGACUCCUCCCCUCGAGUAUAAAAGUUGUUUAAUUGAGGGACUAGAGAAAAGAAGAAUAACAUACUGUACUCACUGCUUAACUGUGUUUCUAGAUCACGCUCAUUUCAGGUAAAUUUACAUGCAGUGUGAAGAUACGAGCAUAAUAAAGAUCGCUAGCAUUAGCAUGCUAACACAACAAUGCAGCGCGAGUUGUUUUGGUUUCAUGCUGGUGUACAAAAAGGAAUGCGUUCACUUCAGCAGAUUGCUUAAAACAGCCGCUGUAAAAAACUAGCUGUAAACGUUGCAGUGUCAUUUAUUCAAGAAAGUGAUCAGAGUGCACUAGAGGUCUCAUUUUCUGCCACUGAGAGUCUCAGACUGUUAUUUGAAGUGUCUAAAAACAUUACAGAGAGGAUCCUUGCACUGACUCACCUUUGUAACUAUGUAAGAUUCAUUAUUUUUAAACCAGAAACAGGUGUUAUAUCUCUAUUCAAAGCCACCAGACUCCCUUGACAAAAAGAGGAUUUUUUUACUUUGGAUAGUUCUGGAGUUGCUGAUCUACUGCUGCCAAGUUCUUUUACUUUGCUUCUGUGAUUGUGUGAUUUACAAAUAUGGUGUUUAACCGUUUAAAUGAACUUUUUAAAACACCAGAGUUAAAAAAAAAACAACUCACCAGAGGUAGAACAGCAACUCCUGUGUCCUGAAAGUCUGGUGAGAAUAAUCUAGGGAUUGUUUCUUAUUUAAUGAUCUGAUAGAAAUGAAACAGUCGAUCUCUAAGGCCGGGGUUCUUUCAGUAAUGGCUGGCUCGCUCCCCUUGCAUCCAGUCUUCAUGCUAAGCUAACCACGUCUUGACUCCAGAUCUGCAUAAUGGUGCGUUCCCUUUACCUGUGAACUCGGGUCUCGGAGCUGGGGAUUACCUCACAGGUCACACCCGAGUUGACAAGUUGGUAUCAAGUCGGACAAGACACAUGUACGCCUCCAAAAGUACCUUUGUUUUGUUAGCUAAUACCAGGCGAUAACGACACACUACGGGAUAGGACUCAACUGGAACGCGGUUAACUCGGUGUGACAUCAUCCCCAGCUCCAAGAUCUGAGUUCCUAUGUAAAUGGGACGCACCAUUAGACCUACAACUUUUGAGCUGACAUUAGUUUCUCAGCGUGAUUAAAGUCAGCAGAUAAGGGCAUUGGUGUAAAUGUUGAACUAUUCCUUUAAAGUGUUUUUUUAAGCCCCAACACUGUGAGCUGAAGGAGAGAAAAAGGGAACAAAGACUUCAUAAUGCACUGACUUAAGAAGGAUGUUAUAGCACCUUUAGUUUGAGGGCUUACCAUUCAUAACAACAAGCACCCUACGAGCACUACACCCUACAAGCACUACACCCUACACCCUAUACACUUCACCCUAUACACUACACCCUACAAGCACUACACCCUACACCCUAUACACUUCACCCUACACACACUUCACCCUACAAGCACUACACCCUAUACACACUACACCCUAUACACACUACACCCUACAAGCACUACACCCCACAAGCACUACACCCUAUACACUACACCCUACAAGCACUACACCCUACAAGCACUACACCCUACAAGCACUUCACCCUAUACACACUUCACCCUAUACACACUACACUCUACAAGCACUACACCCUAUACACACUUCACCCUAUACACACUACACCCUAUAUACACUUCACCCUAUAUACACUUCACCCUACACACACUAAACCCUAUACACACUACACCCUAUACACACUACACCCUACAAGCACUACACCCCACAAGCACUACACCCUAUACACACUACACCCUACAAGCACUACACCCUACAAGCACUACACCCUAUACACACUUCACCCUAUACACACUACACCCUACAAGCACUACACCCUAUACACACUUCACCCUAUACACACUUCACCCUAUACACACUACACUCUACAAGCACUACACCCUAUACACACUUCACCCUACACACACUAAACCCUACAAGUACUACACACACUUAACCCUACAUGCACUUCACUCUAAUACACCCUACAUGCUCUUCAGCCUGCUACACCCUAAACACACUACACCCUACUACACACACUUCACCCUACACCCAUUGUUUCCACAUGUAGCUCUGAAGCUGGAGGCAAAGUGUUCAGUGACAGUUUUAUCACGACACACUAAAAGAGCAGAUAUUCCUGCUUUCUCUCACACACACACACAAUCUGCCUGAAGAUAACAUCUGAGUGAAGAAAAAACAUGUUCUUCGACUGACAGAUAAACUUCCAGAGGUCGGGUUGUGUAAGAGGUUGAACCUUUUCUUUUCUACUGUAACAAAAAAAAAAAAGGCACGUUUACACACACGAUCUGCCUUCUUCUUCUCACCGGAGAACUGUCACUGGACAAAACAACCUUCUGUUCCUUUAUCCUCUGAAUGUGGUCAGUGUGAUAGUCUCUGUGUGAAGAAAUGUAUGGACUGCACAGUUUGUCAGAUUUGUGUGUCUUUUGAGUUGUUGACUUCCAUUCCCUCCUUGAAGAAGUGAACGUUUUCUGUAGUUCACAAGAAGAAAAAACAUGUUCAAAUAUUCUCUGUCAGUACGACUAAACAUCUCACACUAAUCCUCUUUAAGCCGUUUCUAUCAGGACCCUGGGGACCCCCUAGUUUAAAAAGAUUUCUUUAGAGGCAAUGGUUUUUCUUUUUUUGCAAACCAAUUAAGUGUGAGGGAGAAGAGGGAAUUGUUGUCUACACAGAUUAGUUUUUAAUACCACAAAAAUAUCAGUUUGUGUCCCUUAUUUAUCUACCUUAUACUCUUUAUCCUUUGCUAAACACCCUGUAGUGUUGUAGUACUUGAAAGGUCUCAGACUGGGCGGACUCCAGAUUUUAAAUCAAGACCACCACUGAGAGGCUAUGUUUCCACAUCAUUACUGUGAUUAGAAGGAAAAUGUCUCUUUCUAAAAGAACAAAUAACUUGAAUUUGUAGUUUGAACUUUAACCACCCUUUCCCCCCUGUUAAGGCCAAAACCUUCCCUGUGUUACGGUCUAAGUGAGUGACACGCCCCCUGCACACAAGAUGAGGAUUUUUCAGUGAUAUUUAUGGUCUUGACUGGGUCUUGAUCCCUAAAAGUCCUGGUCUCGUCUCGGUCUCGGAGCACUCUGGUCUCGGGUAUGUCUCAGUCUCGGUCAGUGUGGUCUUGACAACAACACUUCACACCCUGUCCUCUCUCUGUUUUGUUAACACUAACAUUUAAAAACACCCAGCACAAACUGUAGAUCCAUGAGGGUGCAGCAGAUGAUUAGGAAACGACUGAGCAAUAAUUAGAUUUAAUAAGAGUCGUCGGCUCUGCAAACAAACGGAUGAGGAACAUUAACCACUGAGGAGAUGAUUUAUUCUGACCUCAACGACAACACACCAUAAUAACGUGUCCACUGUAAAUAACAAGAAUAUUUAUUUUCUUACAUAAAACCACAUUCUUACACGGACCUGAAAAGUACCAUUUCCGUCCAUAUUUCAUGUUUUUUUUUAAUCCUCACAUCUGCUGACAAACUCAUCUCUACACUUUUUGUUUAGCUCUUAAUGCAAAGAGCUGGAGGAUAAACCAUGGAGCCAUUCAGACUCAAUGUUGGAAAUUAGAUUAGCUCACUGUGUGUGUUUAUUGUGAUGCUUGUGGUUAACUUUCAUUCCGUCCUUUCUGCCUUCAUAUCCUGUUUUUUGGUUUUUUUUACGUCAGCGCACAUAACUGACCUCGUCUGUGUGAGGCAGCAGUUUGUAAAUGACCACUACGAGGGAUGAAGUGAAUCUGCCACCACGUUUAACCACUGUUACUUGAAUUUACCACUUCAAAUCCUUAUGAUUUAUGUGCCAUAUCAACAUUUUCUUUUCUAUCAUGGAUAAAUAUGAGCCCAGCUGUGUUGGUCUGUCUCUUAAAAUGUCAUGCUAACGUCACAAACACUGAUUUCAUCCUGUGGAUUCGACUGCAAAUGGAAUAAAACUGUUUAGAGGGCUUUGUUGUUGAAGUGUGAAAAUAAAAACAUUCUGGUUUUAAAA